AUGGCUGAGCCUCGUGUGGGCGUGCUCAUGGACCUGUGGAGGAUCAGAUCCCGCCUGCCUGCUAUUUUCGCUACUGGAGACUCUACUGCUCAGAAGGAGCUCUAUGACUCAGCCUAUCCUUCCCUCGCGGUCGAACUGGGAGUAAGCCGGCAUGCACAGCCGGAUGUCGCCACGUCCACACUGGUGCAGGUGCUGGGGGUGAAGGAGAGUGCUGAUCUGCAGGAAGGGUUUGGGUUCUUCUUGCAGCAUUUGCUGUCAGGCGGGCUGGAAAAGACGCACGGAGAGGGGAAGGAGGGAACUGGGGGGAGUGCUGCUGAGACGGUGCAUGCGGAUGGGAGGGGAAGGGGAGGAGCAGGAAGGGAUGCAGAUGGCGUGGUUAGGGGGUCUAUUGAGGACAUAGGGAGGUUGAAAGACGGCAGGAUGGCUAGAGAGGUGGUGAUGAUGCCGUGGAUGGGGAGCCCUGAAGCGUCGUGGGAGACGGGGAUCCGACUCAUGGCUGAAGCGAUGGCACGGGCUGUGGAGGGCAGAAGCGGCAUGGCGGAAGAAAUGGGCAGCGGAAGCGGCAUGGCGGAAGAAAUGGGCAGCGGAAGCGGCAUGGCACAAGAAGCUGAGGCUGGGAGCGGGAGGGUUGCAGCAGGGGAAGGUGGUGGAGGGGAGCAGGCAGGCAGCAAGGAGGGUGCAGAUGGGUGUGAUUGUGAUGGUGGCAGGGAUGGGAAGGGUGGGAGGUGGAGGGAGAAUUUGAAGGGGCGUGAGUGGGAGAGGUUUGUGGAUGGCAUGGCUUGGAUCCUGGAGCAUGGAGGGGGGGAAGGGAGGGAGCUCAGGUGCAGUCAUUGCACCAAAGCACUGCAAGGGCGAGUGUACAUUCUAGAUGGGAACAACGCGAGCAAGACUCGGGUGGAGGAGGCAGCUAUUGAAGAGGCCAGGGAGAGGCUGAGAAGGACGAGGCAGGCACAGGAGAUGGGUAAGAGAGGAGGGGGAUGUGGAGCAGUAGGCGCAUGCGGAGGGGUGAGAGCAGACAAUGGUGCUAUCGGCAAUCCUGUUAACUCUAACCCCGUUCUUGCGGUCUUCACUUAUCGAGUCAGUUGCAUCUUGCAGUGGGUGCGCAUCUACGGCUCAGAUUCCAUCUCAGCGAAGCAAUGCUCCAAAGACAGCCCACUGGGCAAGGUCCUGCCCAUACAGCACCCCUUCCACGACCUCCCAAUCCUACUGCUUAGGUUCGGUGCCAUCCCCAAGCCUGCGGACGGAGCCAGCUUCUCCUUGGAGUGGGACGAGUGGCCCCGGGGCGAUGAAUCUGCUGUGAAGCUUCCUGAGGAGCCAAGUGCAAGAUGCUUUGGGCUGGGGAUUGUAGAGAAGAGUGAGGGGUGUGCGGCAAGAGAGGAGGAUGGGAGUGGAGGGGAGGUUAGAGAGAGGCCAUUGGAGCAGGCAGCUAAGGGUGGAGGAGGCAAGCGCAAGUGUGGGAGGGGGCGAAAUGGAAGGGGCAGAAGCAACACGGGGGACAGCAGCGACCAAAAAACCCACUCAGAUGCUCCCACACGCGCGCUGUUGCCUUUAAAGGGGAAGCUUCCUAUCAUUCGCUGCACAGCUGAUGUGGAAUUCCUGCUGUUUGCAGCCAGCUGGUUCUUUGAUUCCCCAGCGUGCGCCAAGUGCAUUUCAUGCUUCGCCCGAUUCAACGUCUUCAUUCCCUUCUCUGCUCUCAUUGCCAACUUCGCCUACCGCCCCGCUUCCGUCCUCUUCAACCGCUUCGUCUCCAUCUUCCCGCCGCGCUCCCCUGAGUUCACCCAGCUUGCACAGACGCUGCAUCUGCACGACCCCUCACCUGCAAGAGCAGCUGCGAGUCGUAACCUGUCCUCCGUUCGUGAUCAAGCGGAAAAGCUCCCUCUGCUCAUGCUGCUCAUGAUCGCCCUGAACUGGCCCAUUUUCAUCCUCGGAAUCGACGAGGUGAUGAAGAUGGGGAUGGUGGAAGCGCGAGGGGAAGCUGAACGGAAAAUUGCAGAGUAUCGAGCGAGGAAAGGGCACCGAACAGGGAGUAAAAGUAACGGUGGGGGGCGAGAGGUGGAAGAGGAGGAUGAUGGAGAGGUGUGGGAGGAGGUGCGAACCUGGUGUGCCACUGCAGUGAUGGCUUGGCCGUCCAGUGUGAGGGCUACAGGCAAGUGGUUUGACCCUGAGUCCGUCGCAUCGGGGCUCAGCCCUCCCUGUAGGGGCAGCAAGGAGGUGCACAAGCGGGUGCACACGAAGCUGCUGGUCGCUGCGAUGUUCCGGGAGGCGGCACAGGCGAGGUUCCGUGCUGACGUGGACAGCCAGGAUGGAUCGGAGAUGCUGCUGGGGGAGCCGUGCUACCGCCCUUCCUCCCGUGCUGAGGCUCCCAUCCCUCCACCAGUAACAACCCUAGUGAGCUGUGCGCCUGCUCCUUGUGGGGACCGUGUGUGCGGUGCUGUGGGGUGUGGGAGGGCGGACGGCGGUGGUGUGAAGCUGAAGAACUGCUCUGGGUAUGGCAAGGUGGCGUAUUGCAGCAGAGAGUGCCAAAAAGCGCACUAG